GCAGGCCUGUUGCUUCUUUGCGCACACCACCACGCUCCACUUCUCCAGCCCUUCCCGUUUCCAGCUCCAAGGAGGAGGCAGGCACUUCUGGGAUGAGUCAAAAUUAACUCUGGUGGUGGAGUGCCUCCCCCGCCACUUUCCCACUUUUUUUUUUUUAAUUAAGCAAAGUUCAGGGAAAGUUUCUCCUCUCGUUUCCUCUCACUCCUUUUUCUCCUCCCCGCUAGCGCACCCACACAAAAACAGUCUCUUGUGUGUCUUCGGAAGAAGCCUGAUUGUGUGAAAUGGGCCAAGUUGAACAUUGUCCGGCUAGAAAUUGUCUGUGUGGAACAGAAACCUAUAGACCUUUGGCCAUUGUAGCUGAGGCUGAUGGGAGUUCUAGUCCAACCACAUCUGGAAACCCAAGGUUAAGAACCCCUGCUACAGGCUGUUUAAAUGUGGUGUUUCUGAACCAAGGUAUUCUUCCUGACACCAUAGAGUCUGGCAGCUGGGAAGAGGGGGGCAGCCCCUCCAGGGAAAUGGGGGAUGCUGGGGAGAAGGGCCUGGACAACGACGCUGAAGGGGUCUGGAGCCCCGACAUUGAACAGAGUUUCCAAGAGGCGCUGGCGAUCUACCCACCCUGCGGGAGGCGCAAGAUAAUUCUAUCAGAUGAAGGGAAGAUGUAUGGCCGCAACGAACUCAUUGCCCGCUACAUCAAACUGAGGACAGGGAAAACACGGACAAGGAAACAAGUCUCCAGCCACAUCCAGGUGUUGGCACGGCGAAAAACCCGCGAGAUUCAGGCCAAGCUCAAGGACCAGGUAGCAAAGGACAAAGCGCUCCAGACCAUGGCGGCCAUGUCAUCCGCUCAGCUUGUAUCGGCCACAGUCCUUCAGGAAAAACUGGGCCUGUCGGAACCCCACUACCCACCUAGCACUACUUCCACAGAGUUCUUCCAGUUCUGGACAGGGGAUGCAAAUCAGCCCCGAGCCACUCCCGAUGUCAAGCCCAUCCUCCAGGCAGUGUACUCCAUCCCACCAAUCACAGCACCCCCUGCUGCUCCAGGUUACCACACCUCCCCGGGGAGACUCUCUCGACUCCCCAGCACUACCUCUUGGCAGGGAAGCCACAUCGGUACAGAAACCCUCCGGCUGGUGGAGUUCACGGCUUUUGUGGAGCGUCAGGGCGAACAAGAUGCGUGUAAGCAGCAGCACCGCUUUGUGCACAUCGACCCAGCGCCCACCUCUGACCCACCCCUGGAGAUGGUGGAUGUCCGUCAAAUUUACGACAAGUUCCCCGAGCGGGGAGGUGGGCUGCGAGACCUGUACGACCAAGGGCCUCCUCAUGCCUUUUUCUUGGUCAAGUUUUGGGCUGAUCUGAGCUUUCCCCUCCCCGAAGAAGAACCCGGGGGCACAGGAGGGGCCUUCUAUGGGGUGAGCAGCCGAUACGAGGGCCCACGGGCUCUGACCCUCAGUUGCACCUCCAAGGUCUGCUCCUUUGGCAAACAGGUGGUGGAAAAACUGGAGACUGCUGAACCCCCACACUGGGAAGAUGGGCGCUUCGUUUUCCGGCUGCAGCGCUCACCCCUCUGCGAGUACCUCAUCAAUUUUAUCCGCAAACUGCGAACACUUCCAGAAAAACCAAUGAUGGAUAGUGUGCUUGAAAACUUCACCAUCUUGCAGGUUUUGCGGGAUCAGGAGACUCAGGAGUUACUACUAUGUGUGGCCUUUGUCUUCGAAGUGUCUGCCAGCGAGCGGGGAGCACAGCAUCAUAUCUACCGGCUGGGCCGGGACUGAUGGACAGUUUUACCUCGUCACAUCCACCCUACUCAGAAAGAAGCCCCCUUCCUCUAAAUCCAGCCAUUGGGCCUCCCGCCUUUCUGAAUCAGGGGCGGUCUUGCUGUGACAACUGCUGAGCCUUCGGUGGAAACUAUUCUUUCCUUCGCCUCAGCAACUAUGGACACCCGAUAGCAGUUGUUGCCACCAGUGGAGACCCCACGCUGUGUGGCUACAGCUAGGCUUUAGGCCUAACCUUCAACAGCCGUUGUUGUUCAGUGGACAGUCUCGUGGCCACAGCAACUAGUUUGCUCUGUUGCCAAUUAUGAACCCUCCACGCAGCCAUACUUAUGAAGAGGCUCUUCUUCAAGUCAGUCAAUAUUCUCUUGCAGUUACAGAAACAGUCAAAAAGCCUCUGCCCUAUACUGUACAAUUUACAGGCCUAUUCCAGGAACCUUCCCCGAUAAUCAUGUGUAUGGGAUUUCACACUCCAUUGUAACAAGAGACAGAAUUUCCUAUUGCUCCUGUUUUUGUAAAAAUGGGCAGAGAUGGAUUUAUCUUACACCUAAUUCUCACAACCAGUAGCUGGGACAGUAAACCUGUCACUGGGCUAUACCACUAAUCUGCAGGUGGAGGUGUGUGUGACUGAGCAUUCCUCCAUACAAAGUGAAGCUUCCUGUGCAUAGAAAGGGCAUACUAGCUUUUGGUGUGUAGGGUUUUCCCUCUAAUUUUUUCCAUUUGUGUGCAGAAUGAAGUUUUGCUCUGGUCAGCAGUAUCAAAGCAGUGUGCGUGCAUGUGUAUUCAGAAUGGGGCCUUCCUGACUAAACCUGAGCACAAUCUAAAAUUAACUGAGAAGACUUGUGUGUGCCUGCACAUGUGCACGCCUUAGAGGAAACACUGGGGCUAUUAUUUUUGUACAGAGAAGCAAGUCCCUGCUUGCAGUCAGUGGUGGUAUAGCCCAGGAAGAGGCUUACGCCUUGAGUGCUAAGCCUCUGUGGGUUGCUGUUUCUAAUUCCUUCUACCACUAGAAGUGGCCCUACCUUUCAGACCCAUAUUGCAUCACAAGAGGGCUGUCAUAUGGGGGCAGCAGAGUGAGAUGCUAGAGCGUGAGGACUACCAUUUUUGAAAACUCCUGGAUGUAAAUAUUACCCACAAUAAGAACACUAGCCACUUAGUCCUCUUGCCACUAGGUUAGUUUUUGACUUCAGAUGGCAGGGGCCAGAGAUGAUUAAUGUUAUUUCCAAAUUGUAGUGUGAAGCACUCACUGUAGUCUACUGCCUCAUUCUGCUGCAUACGAGGACUUAUGAUAGAGCUGUUUCAAAGGGGCUAUUUAGAAGACUCAUCCAGAUUUAAUGUCCCAUAUUUCAUCCAUGUCUCACUUUCCUUUCACAUUCUGAAGAUUGCAGCUGCCUCCCAUCUUGGUGGGCAAGAGGAAAUGAUGUGACCUUGCAUAAAGUUUAUUUUGACAUA